CGAAUUGUUGCACACUGCCAGUGAACAGUUUCUUGGAAAGAGGGUUCACGAGACUGUCCACCUUAGAGGGUCACCUUCGAGCUAUAUUAGGAACACUUUCUGUGGAAGAAGUCUACAAGGAUCGAGAUCAAUUUGCGGCUCUUGUACGAGAAGUUGCUGCGCCAGAUGUCGGUCGCAUGGGUAUCGAGAUUCUUUCGUUCACAAUAAAGGAUGUUUACGACGAGGUUCAAUAUUUAACAUCGCUCGGCAAAGCCCAAACAGCGGCUGUUAAAAGAGACGCUGAUGUAGGCGUCGCUGAAGCAAAUCGAGAUGCCGGUAUUAGGGAAGCGGAAUGCGAAAAGUCGGCGAUGGAUAUAAAAUAUAAUACCGACACGAAGAUAGAGGACAACGCGAGACUCUAUCAAUUGCAGAAGGCUAAUUUCGAUCAAGAAGUAAAUACAGCGAAAGCCGAGGCCCAAUUAGCUUACGAGCUUCAAGCGGCAAAGAUAAAACAGCGAAUACGAAACGAGGAAAUCCAGAUAGAAGUUGUGGAAAGGCGCAAGCAAAUCGAAGUCGAGGAACAAGAGGUCCGUCGAAAGGAACAUGAGCUACAGAGCACAGUGCGAUUACCAGCCGAAGCUGAAUUUUAUAAAAUGGGAAGAAUUGCCGAGGGAAAAAGAACUCAAACUGUAAACGUAGCAAAAGCCGAAGCUGAGAAAAUUCGAUUGAUCGGAGAGGCCGAGGCUCACGCUCUAGAAGCUGUCGGUAUAUCGGAGGCCGAACGCAUGCGAAUGAAAGCAGCGGUUUAUAAAAAAUACGGCGAUGCGGCGAUUCUUAACAUCACUCUGAAUGCCUUGCCGAAGAUCGCAGCCGAAGUCGCAGCACCGUUAGCGAGAACGGAAGAAAUUGUACUUCUUGGCGGAAGCGAUGCGACCAGUGGAGAACUUACGCGUCUUGUUGGGCAAGUACCUCCAGCUGUACAAGCGCUGACUGGGGUAGAUCUUUCCAAAGUAUUAGGAAAAAUACCAGGCGCAAAGUAAUGCCAAGCGAUGUGAAUCCAAAGACGACGACUAGGUGAAUAAAUUUGGAACAGAUUUGAAGAAGGGGCAAAAUCUAUACUGCCAAAGGUUUCUCUGCUACUCUGUCAUCUAUCGACAACACACUCUUCGCUUUUUCCUUUUUCCCGAAUUUUGCUCUACCUCAAGUCCACUCGAAGUAGCGUGGCGCAGGCACGCUUUUUUAUCCCUUAUCCCUCGCGCGAAUAAAUCCAGUCUACUUGCUCGCGUCGUACUCGCACGUUCCUUAUUUUAAACACGAUACCAUACGUGUGCAUCGAUAAUGUUAUAUUUGGUUAGUGUGAUACCGAUGUCAUCGUGACUUGAGGGACGGGCGAUUAACACAAUCUUGAAUUACAAAUUGGUUACACGAAAAUUACAUUCAUACACAACACAAAAACGCGACAAUCCUCCCAAAGUUCUAAUAUAUUUUAUUGUUCCAAUUAUAAAUAUUGAUCGUUUUCGAUAUUUGU